AUGUACACCAUUGAGUUCCAAAAGAGAGGUCUGCCACACGCACACAUUCUGCUGUUCAUGGAUCAAAAAUGCAAGUUUUCAACAGCUGAUGACAUUGACAAGAUCAUAUCAGCAGAGAUACCAGAUAAGAUAGAGGAGCCUGACCUAUAUGAGGUUGUUAAAGAAAUGAUGAUUCAUGGACCCUGCGGACAUGCUAACCUCAAUUCACCGUGUAUGGAGGAUGGAUCUGAUCGAGUAGUUGUGGCCGUGGAGCCUCCAGAAGUAGCUGCGGUGAACGAGGGAAGCAGAGCAAAUGUAGCAGCGCCAAAUGCUGCUAACAGGGAUGGAGCACAUACCGUUAAAGAUGCUAAUGCUCAGAAGAAGAACGAGAUUAAAGAAUUUUUUGACUGCCGAUUUGUCGGAGCUUUUGAAGCUGUCUGGAGAAUUUUCAAGUACAACAUACAUUGGAGAUCCGUAGGUGUUGAGAAACUCACAUUCCACCUAGAGGGAAAACAGCUGAUAACUUUUCAAAGGCAAGGAUAA